CUUUGCUUACGUGGAGGAUAAGAAUAGUUUUAAAAUAAUAAUGUGCAUGUGCUUCCAUGUGCGGACUACCUCAAAUAUUCUCCAUUUCUUCCUUGUUUCAUAGGUAAUCAUCUUUGAAUGUGCUGUCUUUGAGGAUCUUGUAAUCAAACAAUUUGCCACUGCUUUUUUUUGCAGAAUACCUUUGAAUAUGCUGUCUUAAAAGAUCUUGUGAUCAAAGCAAUUUCCUAUUACUUUCUUUCAGAAUACCAUCAUACAUUAUAUAAUUUCAAUAGGUCUGAUAAAGUCUUCUCAGAUCUUCAAAUUUGCAAUACUUUUGUUUGAGAUGAUAAGGUCAAGAAAAAUACCUUUGAAUAUGCUUUCAUACAAGAUCUUGUGAUCAAAGCAAUUUCCCACUGCUUUCUUUCAGAUACCUUUGAAUAUGCUGUCAUACAAGAUCUUGUGAUCAAAGCACUUUCCCACUCUUUCCUUCAGAGACCUUUGAAUAUGCUGUCACACAAGAUCUUGUGAUCAAAGCAAUUUCCCACUAUCACUAUUUUUCUUUCAGAAUACCACCACCCAUGGUAUAAUUCCAAUAGAUUCUCAAAUCUUCAUAUUUGCAGUAGUUUUCCUUUCCUUUGGGAUGAUAAGGUUAUAGUAAGGGUCAAGAGUGAUCUGGAUUCCUGUAAUAAGCAAGUCAUUCAUAUUGUCAGUACUACACAUCUGGUACCAUGAAUUCUAGGGCAGAUUCAAACUUCAGGGAACUCUUUCUUAACCGCCUUGUUGGAGCUCUCAAUGGCCUACAAAAGCCCAGCUGUAGAAAGGAGGGUGAGGAAGCAGACGUCCCAGGUUCGAGUCACAAUAUAAAGCUGGCGGCAGAUGUAUCCCUCGCUCUUACUGCAAAUCACUCAGUUUGGAGCCGGGCCCUACUGAGCAAAAUUUCCUUUGAUGCAAAAAACAGACAUGUUCUCAUGAAAAUUCUGAAGCCUAAGAAAUUUCAGGCAAUAAUGGCACAGGCGACCAGAUAUCAACUGAAACAAGCCCAUGUUCUAAACAAAAGGACUUCUAAUGGCUUGAGUGGGUCAAGGCAGAGUUUAGCGUUAUACAAAUCUUUCUGCUCUAAGAGACUCGAACCCGGUUCCUCAUCAAAUACCCGGCUUCUUCACAGGCGAACAAGGGAGCUACAAAAUUUGGUCCCAGGUGGAAAAUCAAUGAAGAUUUCCUGUUUGCUCGGAGAAACAGCGGAUUACAUCGAUUCUCUUACAACACAGGUACAAGUCCUGCAAUCUCUCCUAAAUUCUGUCAAUAAUAACCAACACCCACUAUGAAUUUACAGGUUAGAGAUCAAAGAAAUCUGAAUAGGUGAAUUGCAGAGGUCGUACAGUUGGUAUUUUCCUUCUUCAGGAAGUAUGUUGGCUACAUAUUUAUUUUCUCCAAGUAUUUUCAAAUUCUCAAUCUUCUACUGCUAUUAUCUUCAGUUUACCUUUGAAUUCAUGUUAUUUCUUUGGUAGAAUCACAUGGAUAUGAUGGUGACCAUGGACAAUUUAACAUCUUCUUAUGGAUCUGUAGUAUGUAGCCACUGGUAAAAAGAAGAUUCUAGCACAGUUAGGUUGUACAAAGUUGCUAUUGACAUAUAUUUUCCCUGUAUUUUUUAAAACUUAGCUUGUACUUCCUUUUCAUUCACCAAUUAUUUGUCUCAGUUUUUUAUUUA